AGAUUGUUUGUUUACGCGUGAUUUCCCCCCCCCCCGUCUCACAAAAGUCAGCGAGUGUCUCACAGCGGCGGGUGAUCCCACAACGGCGAUCGGCGUCCUCCCCUCUGCUCCCACUUCAGCUGUGGGCAUGCAUUAUAGAUAUAAAAGACGGGCGACAUCCCGCACGGCCGCGACCUUUAGCGACAUUUAGCGUUGAUCGUUCGUCGCAAAGGCAACCUCAUACCUUACUGCAUCACAUAGCUUCAACCUCGACCGUUCUAGCGCUCCAACCAUGUCCCAAGAACAGGACCUUCGCGACCUUGCGAAAGCGCAAGCGGUCAGCCAAAAGACCCUCCACGAGUUCAACCCGAACGAGGCCACUCCGACGUAUAGCAAGGAUGACAAGAUGGAUCAAGCCGUCCAUAUUCCCGAGAACGAGGGCUUCUUUGGGCACUUUCCUCACAUCAGUGGAAUUAUUCCCGUUGCUGCCUGGCUCAUUGUCAUGAACGAGUUCUGCGAACGAUUCGCGUACUACGGCGCAUCCAACACCUUCCAAAACUACGUGAGCAAGGGCCCAACGGCUCCUGUGCCUAUUGAUGGCUCCAGUGACACAGUCCCCGGUGCAUUAGGCCGCGGCCAAAGCACGGCCACAGCUCUCAGCAACUACUUCACCUUCUUCACGUAUCUCACUCCCCUCAUCGGCGCCAUCUGUGCCGACCAAUACCUCGGCAAAUUCCGGACGAUCGUGUCAUUCAGUAUCAUCUACCUGGUCGGAUGGCUUUUCCUGAUGGCCACGUCCGUGCCAACCGGCUACGAUGAGGCGGUGCCUAGGUUCUCCGGGUUUGCCUUCCCAGGUUACGUGAUUGCUAUCACCGUUAUUGGACUGGGUGCCGGUGGUAUCAAGUCCGUAGUCUCUCCGAUGUGUGCCGAUCAAGUGCCUACCGAGCCUUACGUAGUUGAGAAGAAGGGAAAGAAAUACGUUGUCGACCCCGAUUUGACCGUGCAGCACUUGUACAACUGGUUCUACUGGGCUAUCAACAUCGGCGCCUUGCUCGGCCAAACCAUCUGCGUCUUCUUGGAGCGUGAGGCUUUCUGGAAAGCAUACCUCCUCCCAUCCUGCAUGUUCCUCUUGUCCAUCUGCGUCUUCGUGUCCGGCCGCAAGCGCUACAUCCACGUCGCUCCUCGCGGAUCCGUGCUGCUCGAAGCCUGGAGGUGCAUCAGGUACGCCUUUGUCCGCCGUCGGUCGCACCCUGGAGCUCGCCCUGUUCCGGCUGGCACCAACUUUGCAUUCCUGGAGUACGCCAAACCCAUCGAGGGUGAAUCGCAAGCCGAAGCUUCUCGCCGGACAUGGUCACCAUCCUUCCCCGACGAACUGCGUGCUGGAUUGAAGGCGUGCUCGAUCUUCCCUCUCAUGUCCUUCUACUGGAUUUCCUACAACCAAAUGUUGAACAACCUCAUCUCGCAAGCCGGUGUUAUGGACCGCCCCGGUUGGUUGAACAACGACUUGGUCAACAUCCUCGACCCCCUUCUCCUCGUCCUCGUCAUUCCCAUCUUCGACUACUUGAUCUACCCCGCUCUGUCUCGGAGGAAUAUGCACUUCGGAUACAUGCUGCGUAUCACAAUCGGAUUCUUCCUCGGCGCGCUCGCCAUGGUCGCGGCCGCCGUCAUCCAAAACGCCAUCUACAACAACGAGGAGAACUCGGUGACCGUCGCGUGGCAAAUCAUCCCGUACGCGCUGAUCGCCCUUUCCGAGAUCUUCGCCAGUAUCGGAUCCCUCGAGUACUCCUACACCCACGCGCCCAAGAACCUCAAGGCCGUCGUCAGCGCCUUGUCCUUGUUCCCCAACGCCGUUGCCUCCCUGAUUGGAAUCUUCAUCUCCCCUCUCGCCGUGGACCCCCACCUUACCUGGUUGUACGCAUCCGUUGCGAUCGUCGCUUUCGUCGCCGGGUGCAUCUUCUACGCUCUCUUCCGUCGUUUCGAUGUCGAGGACAAGAAGGACCUUGCCAACAAGCGUCUUAACCAGGGAGGUCAGCCCGCGAUCAGCGCCCAGUAAAUAGCUGAGGGCGCUAACGAGGCCACUGG